UUAUUUUAUAUACCUUAUUUCGCAGCCAAUCUUACUGUAAUAUUGAAAAAAACCAGUGCGAGUGUUUCAGUCGGGGUUUCCAACCACGAAAAAGAAAACAUCUGCUGUAGGCGUCGUUAUUUUAUCGGUUGUCAAGUGUAUUGUCAGCAUUGUCAACAGUGAGUGUCCUGAAUAAAUUAUUGAACUUACAAUGAGAUGAGUUGCGUGGCGACUUUCAGGGUUAUCAAGAUGGAUGCAUCAUAUCCAAAAGAAACAAUUUUCGUUCAAACUGAUCUGUCUUUCAAUGUUGUACUUCAAUCACUCAAUGAACUUGAGAAGAAAGGUCGACUCCGUGAAACGUACGGGCAAUCUGCGUCGAUUAAUCCCAUCGCAAGUAGCAAGAGUUUGUUUGGAGAUCGUCACCAAGAUUUCGCUCGAACGGCAUCGUCGGUUAUUCGUAUGUGUAUGUUAAAGGCUACCGGCAUUGAAGAUAAUCUUUGGCCUUGGCUCGGAAACAAAUCUCACGAAAAAAACAAAAAAAGGUGUCAUUUCGAUUAUUUAUUUUCCCCUAAUGGUGAGCAUUUUAGCCUGGCAAAUGACCGAACUACAGCAGAAAGAUACUGGAGCAGGUACGAUCAGCUUUACCCUCAUUUCUUGAUACAAGUUGAACUAGGUGAGGAGUAUGGAAGCGAAGCAACAAUAAAUAGAAUGAUGCUUAUCUUCAGAAAUAACUUCAAGGAAGUGGUAGAGAUCACAACAAAAUUCACUGUCACAUGCGAGAGAAGAAGAAAUUACAAGUCGAGUGUACAUGUCCUUUGCAUUGUGCGAGACAUUAAUCAGGGAGUGGACAAAAGAUUCACAGAAAUCGUGAAAACAUUGAUGAAUCCAAACUUCAAGGUAAAUGAUGAUAGAAUUAAUGCAUACGUUGAACAAGCGAUGAACGUCGAGGGAUCGUUGUCUGUCCUUUUUGAAGGCCUUGAAGUUGCCGAAGAAGAAGAAGAAGAACAACAACAACAACAACAACAACAACAGCGAAGAAGAUGAAGAAGAAGGAGCAAGAGGAGGAGGAGUGGAAUGAAAAAGAAGAGGAAAAGGAGUAGAAGAAGAACCUGCUACCGCAGAAAAUGAUAAGGACAA